AGUGCUCGGAGCCGCUGCGGGCCCUUUAAGGCCAAGAGGUGCGCGGUCUCUUUAAGGCAGGUCCUGGUGGUUUCUGUUUUCUGAAGGAAGUGACGGGGGGUGGGAUUGAAUGAAAAGUGCAAAACAGAGUCCGUGAGCGCCGAAGCCGGGGGCGCCGGGCCGCGGCGCGGGGCGGGAGAGCCGGUGGGAGCGUCAGGGAGCGCCGUCUCCGCUGGGGGCGCCCUGCGCGGUGCAGCGCUGUCCACGUGUGUCCGCGCCACGUCGCGGGGAUCAGCAGCGGGGCGCCCCGAACUAGCCCCCAACUUCGGGCGAAGUUUGCCAGCGUCUCUCCCCGCCCCCACGCGGUGCGCCGGGGCCGCGGAGGCCCACGGCGGCCCCCGGGGAUGCGCGCCCCCGGCUAUCGCGGGGUCCCCACCGUGCGCCCUGCGCAGCUACUCCUGUUGCUGCUGCCGCUGCUGCUCGUACCGCUGUUGGGAGCGCCGCGGGGCGCAGCGGCGGGCGCGCCGGCCGAGCUGCGGGUCCGCGUGCGGCUGCCCGACGGCCAGGUAACCGAGGAGAGCCUGCAAGCGGACAGCGACGCCGACAGCAUCAGCCUCGAGCUGCACCAGCCGGACGGCACCCUGGUCUCCUUCACCGCCGACUUCAAGAAGGACGUGAAGAUCUUCCGAGCCCUGAUCCUGGGGGAGCUGGAGAAGGGGCAGAGUCAGUUCCAGGCCCUGUGCUUUGUCACCCGGCUGCAGCACAAUGAGAUCAUCCCAAGCGAUGCCAUGGCCAAGCUCCGGCAGAAAAACCCACGGGCCGUGCGGCAGGCAGAGGAGGUCCGGGGCUCGGAGCAGCUGCACAUGGACGUGGCCGUCAACUUCAGCCAGGGGAGCCUGCUGAGCCCCCACCUGCACAACGUGUGUGCCGAGGCUGCUGAUGCCAUCUACACCCGCCAGGAGGAUGCACGGUUCUGGCUGGAGCAAGGUGUGGACAGCUCUGUGUUCGAGGCUCUGUCCAAGACCUCUGAGCAGAUGCCACUGCCUCGCUGCGGGCAGCUGGGCGACCGUGGGAAGGCCUGCAUGUGCCGCUACAGCCUGAGCCUGGCUUGGUACCCCUGCAUGCUCAAGUACUGCCACAGCCGUGACCGGCCAGCGCCCUACAAGUGCGGCAUCCGCAGCUGCCGCAAGAACUACAGCUUCCACUUCUACGUGCCUCAGAGGCAGCUGUGUCUCUGGGACGAAGACCCCUAGCCGGACUGGCCAGAGUAGGCCUGGGGAAGGGGCCAUCGUGGGUGCUGCCCCAGCCCCUGAGGCUGGGUUGCGCUUCCCUUCCCCCACUGGCCUAACCCUGGCACCCCUGGCCCUAUCUCCUGUGACUGUGAAGGGGUGGGUGUGGCAGCACAGAAGACCACAUCGGAAAGCAGCCUCCCAUCCCACCCCUCACCCUGCUCCCAGCCUGUGCCUUGCUGGGGACAGAGAGGGACAGGUGGGGUCCUCCAAGCUUGCACCCCAUCCCUUCCCCAUCCCUUCUCCAUCUCCCCUGAAGUGGUCCCUUUGAGGCAACCAAAAUGUGACAGUAUAAGAAUCUUCUCUGGAACGCUUUUAGGGUUCCUGUCCUAAGGG